UACGUGUAUUGUAUACCACUUUCGUCCAAGGAUGAUAUCUAAUUUUCUUUCUGCACGACAUAUAUUGUGUGCUUAAGAAAGCUCAUGUCUGAUAUUUGAGUUAAGUCGUGUGCUAAUCUUGAUUUACUAUUCAUACAUCUUGUUAUAUAAUUACUACUGAAAGUUGAAUUAUACAGGAAAAGAAACAAAAGAUAGGUAACAAUGAUGAUGUCCAUAAACCAUGAAAUAUUCCUCCCGUCAACGAAGUUGUACACAUCUAUGAAAUCUUGAAAAACGACCGUCCCAUCAAACCACAUUCUCAUUUCCUAGUGUACAAUGGACUUCUAUAUAAAAAUACAAAAGAAAUUAAAAGUCGAAGGCGGCGACUAAAACAACGAGAAAAAAACUCAACCUUUGAAAACUUAAGAAUCCUUAUAAAAAAAAUACGGAAAAUUCAAAGUCUCAUUAGCGUGGGAUUCACUCCUCUCUUACCAUUCCCCGACUUCCCCCUCAUUUCCGCCACACUUAUUUCCAAUCAAAUCCACACACACACACAUGUUAUAAAUAUAACACAUAGUCAUAUACACAUUAUUCAUUCAUUACUUAAAGAAGUGGAAGUGAAAUCUAGAAAAAGAGAAAAAAACAUCGAUUACCAAAUGGCUCCGUGUCGUACGAUGAUGGUUCUGCUCUGUUUUGUUCUGUUUCUGGUGAUGAAUAGUUCUUGUGCGGCGGCUGCAAGAAUCGGAGCCACGACGGAGAUGAAGAAGAAUAGAAAGAGCUUAGGAGUUAAAUACAACCAUAUUUUUGGUUACUUACCUAAAGGCGUUUCCAUUCCUCCUUCUGCUCCUUCUAAGAGACACAACUCUUUUGUUGACUCUCUUCCUCAUUGAUUUCAUUUUGAUUUAUUCAUUGUAUUCUUUUGGGUUUUGUUUUGUAGAUUAGAUUAACAUAGGGUAUACUCUUUUUAUAUGCAUACGAUUUAUAUAUACUUUGGAAUUUGAUCCUUUUUAUGAUUAUGAACUAAUAUGAAGAUCAUGAAAUGGAUUAAGCUUU